AUGUCGUCUGCACAACAACAAGUUAUCGUUAAAGCUUAUUACAACGAUUUGGUUGAAAGUCAACCAGAAAUUCGUCGAUUUGCCAUCGAUGUAUCAUCAAGCAAUGAUGUUUACCAAGCAUUGGAAACAACGAUUACGCAAUUAAAUAGUGAUUAUCCUCAAGGGCAAUUUACAUUGCAAUAUGUCGAUGAAGAUAAUGACCGUAUUACAUUUUCAUCGAAUAAUGAAUUGCGAUCGGCUUUGAGCACCGUUCCGGCAGGUGGCGUAAUGAAAAUCUAUGUUAAACCGAAAGUGAAAAAAUCCGAAGAAACAACUGAAAACGCAACUCUCCACGCAGGUGUAACUUGUGAUGGUUGUCAAGGUCCUGUCAUCGGAAAUCGUUACAAAUGUGUUGAAUGCCCGGAUUAUGAUUUAUGCCAAGGAUGCUCGGAUAAAAAACUUCAUCCAGAACAUAACAUGAUCAAAAUGACCCGUCCAUCUCAACGAUUCUUUGGUGGACAUCGUCGAUGUGGUCGCGGCUCAUUCGGUCCCGGUCGAUGCGGUGGUGGACCAUUUGGUGCUGGUCGAUAUGGUUGUGGUCCUCGUUUCUGGCGUCAGUUCAUGAACCAACAAGCUGCCGGUGCCUCAGCCGGUUUUCCUAUGCCACCUGAUAUGGCUGCCUUUCUUAGCCAAUUUAAUGGCAAAGAAUUAGCUGAAUUAGUUGAAGCUCAUUUACCCGAAGCUUUUCGUACAGAAAAAAUCAACGAAAUGCUUAACCAAUUCAAAACUGGUGAACAAGCAAAUAAACCUGUCGAUCAACAUACCCUUUUGGAAAACGUUGGUAAAUUUCUUCAAGAAAUCCUCUCACCGUUUGGCAUUGAUUGCGAUUACUUCGUUGAUCAACAACAAGGCCAAAAACCAGCUGAACAAUCUGAAACGAAACAAACGCCUGAAGAAGCUUCAGCAACAGCAGCAACGGGCGACAGUGCGAGCGCUAGUGCUAGUACUGAACCAAAACCUACCGCUCCUCCAUCAAAUGGAGGUGCUGCUGGCGCACCAUCGUUCGGCAACCUUCUCGAUCAACUUCAGACCAUGUUCAACCCGAUGUUUCAAGUGCCGCCUGCAACAACAGCUGCUGCAACUGAUGAUAAACAAGCAGAAGAGCAGAAGAAAAUUGAUGAAUGCAUCGAGCGAAUGACUGCAAUGGGCUUCGUCGAUUCCAACGGCGUUUUGAGCGAACUGAUCAAAUCGAAAAAAGGCGAUCUUAAUCAAGUUCUUGAUGCUCUCAAUCCACGUAAUUACAAAAACUAA